AUCUUGCAGCAAUUAAUUUUUAUAUAUCUCGAGAAUAUGCAAUAUCUAAUACAAGAAUAGCUUUAACUGAAGAAAUGAAUAAAAAAAUUAAAACAUCAGUUAUUAGUAAUAAUAAAUCUUUAAAAAAUAAUUUAGAAACUACAAAUAAAUCUGAAAAUAAUAUAGAAGGUAAUACUACUAAUUCUAAAAAUAUAUUAGAAUUAGAAGCUCAAAGAAAUAUUAAGGAUAUUCUUGCUUAUGUAAUACCAUAUUUAAAAGAUAAUGGCACUCUUUCAAGCUCUUCUACAAUCUAUUUGCGUAUUUCAGGUGAUGAUUUAUCAAAAGAUUGGAGAAUAACCAAAACUAUAGAUAUAAUUAAUGAAAAUUAUCAAAAUACUCCUGGACAUAUAAAUGCAUCACUUUUUGAUAUUAUCUCUAUAGACAAUAUAGUAUUUGAUGAAUUACAUAUCUUAUUACGAAUAACAGAUCGUCUUUGGGAUUUAGUAUUAGCUGAAAUUAAAGAAAAAAAUAUUUAUAAUGAUUUAACAUGUAAUGUCAUUAUAAAUGAAAUGAAACAUCUUCAUGUUCCUUUUUUAUUUUGGAAAGAUAAAGAUUCAGGAGCCAGAAAACAUACCUCAUUAAUGGGAGAUGAUAAAAUUAAAGUUUUACGAUUCUUUAAUUUGGAGCUUCUUUUCUCUAAAUCACGUGCAUAUCUUAUUAGAAAAUUGUGGAGUAAUUUUUAUAACUUAUAUAAAGCAAUUCAAGAUAAGAAAACUAAUCCUUUGCAAUUUAAAAAGUUUCUUUUGAAUGAUCCUAAUAAUAAUCAAAAAAUUAUAAAAGGAUUAUAUUUACCAAGCCAUAUAACAUCAUAUAUUCAUGCGUUUGUAUAUCAUGGUUGGGAAUUGCUUCAAAAACAUCAACAAUGGG